AUGGAGGGAGAUGAUGAUUUGGGUGUUAGAACAUUCCGAUGUUUUAGUGAUUCAGUGCUAACCAAACCAACAUUUAAGAUACAAGGAGAAAUCAGACCAGAGAUACCUCCAGAUGCUUCCCUGGAAACCGUUGGAUUGACCACACUCGUAGAUUAUGUUCCACAUUCUGAUAAAUUGCCCAUGGGAUCAGAAAUUCAUCAGCAGAUUCUUCAAGAAAUAUCCAAAACAUAUAGUCAACAACCUGAACAUAUGAUGGAAGAAUCUCCAAAGAACAAGGAUAUUCAGCCAAGUGUAAAUCCAAGACGUCGAACUGUCAGUUACUCAGAGACUACCAAAGUAAUGGUACCGAAAACUUAUAGACCACAUUCAGUGGUCAAGAAACUUUUCACGUCUAAUCAAGCGGUGCCAGUCAAAUCACCAAGACGAGAAUAUUGCAAGAAAUCAAAAAAUUGCGACAAGUUUUCCUAA